AUGGCGGAGGAACUCAAGAACAAGAUCCAUGAACUUGACAUUCUGACCGAGGAGCUGUCGUCGCUUCGCCCCAAGGCUACGAUCUACGCGAAGCGAGUACCUUCGUCCAAGCUCUUUUUCUUGGAAAACAAGAAGCAAUUAGUCAACAGCAAGAAGAAGGAACUCGCUGAAGCCAAGACCGAGCUGGCCAGCGUCCCCAACUUUCGCCCCUAA